UACACUCGUAGAAAACAGCAAAGUCUUUAUUAUUCUAAAGUGAGCUUUUAAAGGCAUAUUUUCACAUAAAUAUAAUAUUUUACAUCUAAAUUCAUUUUUGUUCUUUUAGUAUUAAAUAGCAAAAUAUAAUAUAUAUAACUUGUUUGUUGUAAUUACAAGGUAAAAGUGCAAAUCUUUCAAGGUUAUUUUUACCUUAAAUCACCGAAUGAUGCGACAUUUUCACACAUAGUCAUUGUCACAUAAACAACGUUUUACAUAUGUAUGAACAUAUAACCGAGAGCAAACACGUGUUCGUUUUUCGCCCGGUCACCUGACACGGUCCAAACCAUCACACGCCCCGCGAUUUGUGCCUCACGCCCUCUGUUUAAUCCGAUUAAGACAAAUUAGGUGGAACGAAAACAAAAGCGAUCAUUGAUGCAAUCACGGGACCGCUGCAGCCCAGAUUAAAGCAGUGAUGUCACAGAAAUGCAAACACCUCAGUUUCCUCCUGCUGACCCCGAGUUCACGAGUGGUCGUGGAGCGUGUCCAUUUCUCCCUGCACCGACAGCAGCAGAGCAGCCUGUUUGCUUGUUUUUGUUGUUGUCAUUAGAGGCUGGAAGGACGGUGAGGAACAGCACUUAGCUGCAGACAAAAUGCCAGCAGAAGGAUUCACCAUCAAAAGUCGCAUCAGGAAUUUACUGCGUUCUCCCUCGGCGAAGCAGAAGAUAAGGAGCGAAAAGUUCUGCAGCAAGGUGACAUUGGAGAAGGUUCUGGGCAUCACAGCUUUAGGAAACAGUGGUCUGACCUGUGACCCUCGAUCUGGACUUCUGGCCUACCCAGCUGGGUGUGUAGUUGUCCUACUUAACCCAAAAAAGAACAGACAGCAGCACAUUAUCAACUCCUCAAGGAAAACCAUCACAGCGCUGUCCUUCUCUCCAGAUGGCAAAUACUUGGUGACAGGCGAGAGUGGUCACCAACCAGCUGUGAGGCUUUGGGACGUGGCAGAGCGGAGACAAGUGGCAGAGAUCCAAAAGCACAAAUAUGGCAUCUCAUGUGUGGCCUUCUCCCCCAAUGGGAAAUAUAUCGUCAGUGUGGGAAACCAGCAUGACAUGAUGGUCAACGUCUGGGCGUGGAAGAAAGAUGUCGUUGUGGCCACCAACAAAGUCUCCUGCAAGGUGACAGGUGUGUCCUUCUCUGAGGACAGCUCCUACUUUGUGACUGUGGGGUACAGACAUGUCAAGUUCUGGUAUCUGGACAACUGCAAGAUCAACAAGUCCAACGCCCCUGUCCCGCUGCUGGGUCGUGCAGGGCUGCUGGGAGAACUGAGGAACAACUUCUUCUGUGACGUAGCCUGUGGGCGGGGCCCCAAAUAUGACUCCACAUUCUGCAUUACUUCCUCUGGACUGCUGUGUGAGUUUAACAGCAAGAGGAUGCUGGAACAGUGGGUGGACCUCAGGACCAACCUGGCCCAGUCUCUGACUCUGUCUGAGGAUCUGAUCUUCUGCGGCUGUGCUGAUGGAACCGUUCGAGCCUUCAGGCUCACUGACCUGCACUUUGUCUGCACUCUGCCUCGACCACAUCCCCUCGGCACUGAUGUCUCCGCCCUUUCAGAGGCCAGCCAGCGCUUUUCCACCAAAGCAGAUGUUCGUUAUCCAGCGGCUGUUGCUGUUACCUAUGACCCCAUCAACCAUUGGCUCAGCUGUGUUUAUAAUGACCACAGUCUGUACGUGUGGGAUGUACGGGAUGUCAGCGAGGUGGAGAAAGUGCAUUCUGCCCUGUUUCAUGGCGGGUGUGUCUGGGACCUGGAGGUUUUCCCAGAUGUUCCAGGAGAAAUGGAGUCUGGUUUGUCUUCGGGCACAUUUCUCAGCUGCUCCGCUGAUGACACCAUUAGAUUCUGGCAUAUAGAAGACUGCCUUCAGCCUCGCGUCCAUUUUCAGAACGUCCUCAGUGGUGAUCUCUUGAAUAUAAUCUACAUAGAUGGAAACACUGCUGCACUGCUUGAUCCAGAGUGUAUGACGAAUGUGAGUGCUGAUAAAUCAGGGGAUGGACAGAUGACAGGCGUCAGGACUCUCUGCAUCAGUCCAGAUGGAAAACAUCUGGCAACAGGGGACCGCAAUGGAAUGCUGAGGGUUCAUGACCUCAACAGCCUGGAAGAGAUUCUGAAAGCCGAGGCUCACGAUGCAGAGAUACUUUGUCUGGAGUACAGUAAACCAGAAACAGGUCUGAAGCUGUUAGCCACCGCCAGCAGGGACCGGCUCAUCCACGUGCUGGAUGCCGAGGAUGACUACAGUCUGUUGCAGACCCUCGACGAGCACUCUUCAUCCAUAACAGCCGUCCGCUUUGCCGCCAAUGAGAACACGGUGAGGUUGAUCAGCUGUGGAGCCGACAAGAGCGUCUAUUUCCACACUGCACACAAGACUGUUAGAGGAACAAUGUUCAGGCGUUCUCACCAUAUGGCAAGAAAAACAACACUUUAUGACAUGAGCAUAGACCCCACUUGUAAGUAUGCUGCCGUGGGCUGUCAGGACCGCUUCAUCAGGAUUUUUAAUAUCAGCAGUGGAAAACAGAAAAAGGUCUACAAGGGUUCAGUGAGUGAAGAUGGCAGUCUGCUCAGGGUGGAGAUCGAUCCCUCAGGUCAAUAUGUUGCCACGAGCUGCUCCGAUAAAAGCAUCAGCAUCUUUGACUUCUACACCGGGGAGUGUAUCGCCACCAUGAUUGGACACUCAGAAGUUGUCACUGGGAUGAAGUUCACCAACGACUGCAAGCGUUUAAUUUCUGUGUCGGGUGACAGCUGCAUCUUUGUGUGGCGGCUGGCUCCAGAGCUGACAAUGAGCAUGAGAGAGCGGCUGUGCCAGCUUAGACAAAACACACACGCGCCAUCCAACAAGACCUUCAGCCUCAGACGGGAGGUUCACAGCGCACCCACUCUGCGAGGUUUGUCCACGGACAGUGACCACGAGCUGCAGGAGGAGGACGAAACGGAGAACAGUGACCUCUGUGACCUGGAUGACAUCACAGCCACUUCAUCAUCUGACAGCAGCAGGGAUGAGGACUCAGGAGACUCAGAUGAAGGACAGAACUGGCAACUUACAAAGGUCAACAGUGAGCCUGGCAGACGUCCUAGGAGGCGCUGGUCCCACCGUGUGGGGCUGAUGGUUAAAUCCAUGUUGGACCUGAGACAGCUGGAGGCCUUUUCUCACAGGAAGAACCAUCAGGAGAGACAGAGUUCGUCCAGUCUGCAGGAGCCUGUGCAGCCGUUGGAGGAGAGGUCCAGGAGACAUCAGCCUUGGCCACACUCUGGUUGGCUGUCCUCGCAUCCAUCCAAGGGCAUUAGGGGCAAUCAUGGAGUAGUGUUGUACCCCGAGGACAAUGAGCGACGCACAUGUCUGCGGGGCAGUGAUUACACAUUAAAGGAGCAGAACUGCUGGAUGGAAGGACGAAGGCUACGCAGCGAGCGCCGGGAUGGAAACGCACGCUGCGGUGUGUGGUCUCAGGGCUAUGAUGAUUCUGCUGAUAUGGAGUUGCUGAGCCAGGACGGCUCUGAUGAAGACCGGGAGGAAGUGAAACAAAAUGCAGCAGUGACGAGUAUGGAUGAAGCACUGAGGACUGUGAAUGGUACUGCAGAGCCCAGCCAGGAACAUUUCCUCAAGCACAACUUGGAGACUCUGGCAGAUGGCUGCAGCACGGCUGAGCAGACCACAGUCUCCAGGCACACUAUGUCUUCACGCUUCCUGACCAAAGCACAUGAUGACAGAAGCAGCUUGACCUACAAACUUCCAGUGUCCAAAGUACGACCCUUGAUGGACAAGGACCAUGGCACAAAUGACGAAGACCUGACGUCAACCACCACAGUCAGAACUGAAGGGCAAAACGGACCAAGGGCUAUGGAAGACAGCUGUUCUCCAGUCCUCAGAGCCAAGAAAAUGUCUUCAAAGCCUCAUCUCUGGAGAUUGUCCAGCCCUCCACACGCAGCUUCACUCAACAGAACGACAUGUUUGACGAAAUCCCUCUCGGCUCAGGACCUGGCCUCAGACUCUCUUUACUCCCCUGCACUGUCCACUGACAGACGAGAUUUGCAGAAAAGACCACAGCAUCACACAUCACACGUUUCCUCACCCUCCUGCAGCUCACCGCGGUCUCCUCGCUCACCUCCGCCUUGGGACAGACCGCAGCACUCCUACAUGAACCCCACAGCCAGUUCCAUGGCUAAGAGCAGCAGAUCUUCGUCUCUCUGCGAGGGCAUCCAUACAGCAACUCCACCCUGCUCCCCUCAUGCGGUCAAGAGCAGGAGAUCGUCCGUGGAGCUGGAGGUCGAGCUUCCACUCUUCUCCUCGUCCCCCGUAGCUGCCCACCCCCCCCCACUCUCUCCCUCCUCCUCCAUCUUCUCUCCACAGUCCAAAAGCUCUUCUCCAGCAAUGACAGUUUCACCCACUCCUUUCACCAACAAUGUUCCACCUUCUCGCAUCCCAAUUCCUACGCAGCCUCUGAGUCCUCGAUGUGGUGUCUGCCUGGCACCAAAUGGGUCUGGGGGUCUGACCAGAGUUUUUACACCUAUAAAAGCACCCUCGCAAUGUGACCUUUCACACAAACAAGGCAGGAGUAGACUACCAUCUCUAAUUUGUGACCCGUCGUUGCCAAGUUCAGAACCAGUGAAGUGGAGGAGAGACUCAUUUUCUCAGAGUGUCAGCGAGCCAGGGCCUUUGGCUGUAGAUAAAGAGUGCCCCCUGGUGUCUGAACAGGUCCACACUGCUGAGCCUCUCCCAGAUCCCUUCAUCACCUUGGAAACUUGCAAGCAGACAAUUACUGAGCUUCACAACAGUCUGAAGGAAGCCAUCACGCUCUACACCACGUGUGGUCAACAUCCCACCAAGGAUCAGCAGCAGAUGAGGACAAUUCUGUCCGAGGCUUUGUUCUCAGUAAAGACAGAGCUGGACUCUCUGUCUCCACUGAGCUCUCAGUGUGAGACGUCCCCCGUCACCCAGGUGAUUAAAGGUGAUGGAGACAAGGCCCUGGCUCUGCUGGAGCAGUACGCUGAGCUGCUGCUGAAGUCUGUGGAGAAGAGACUGGACAACAAGUCCUGACAUCUCCAAGUUAGACCCCAACCCUUGUACUGUUUGCUCAGUGGCACUGUGGAUUGCACUCUUGUCAUUUGUCAUUUGCACAGAGAUGUUUAAAAACGUUUUUUUUUCCAAGAACAGAUUAGAUGUCAUUGCAGAGCUAAUGUAUAAUAUAUUUAAUUUAAUCUGA